AUUACAAAUGCUGCACCCUCCUAUGCAUCAUCUUGAAGUAAGAAAGCAAAUGAAUACAAAAAUAACUCUUCAAGUUAAUGCUUGACCCUUCUGGCUAAUCCUUGCUGUUCUUGCUUUAACUCUCUGUGCGCUUCAUCGGCUAAGUUUUCUAAUUCUGAAGGAGACUUUAUUCUACAGGGGAGAAGUAUCAAAGAUGGCAACAUUGACUGCUUCAAGUAACUUAGUCUCUGGAAGUUCUCAUGUCCACUAUGGACCAAAUGCUUCAUAUGAGUCUAAAGCAGCAUCAAUGGGACUUAGAUCUCUAAAGCAGACCAAUACUCAUAAUGGGCUAAGAAUUUUGAACCCGGUGGAUGAGUUACUUAAUAGAACCCCAAUUAAAAUUAAUGCAGCACAAACUAUGAGGAUGAAGGUUCAGAACAAGAAUGAUAGGCCCACAGGUGUAAUCAUAUGUGGCAUGAAUUUGAUCUUUGUAGGAACUGAGGUUGCUCCAUGGAGCAAAACUGGCGGGUUAGGAGAUGUUCUUGGAGGGCUUCCACCAGCAUUGGCUGGUAAUGGGCAUCGAGUUAUGACCAUUGCUCCACGUCAUGAUCAGUACAAAGAUGCAUGGGAUACAAAUGUUAUAGUUGAGUUGAAAGUGGGAGAUAGAACAGAGAAAGUUCGCUACUUCCAUUGCUAUAAGAGGGGAGUUGAUCGUGUCUUUGUGGAUCACCCCAUGUUUCUAGAAAAGGUCUGGGGGAAAACUGGAACCAAACUUUAUGGACCUACUACAGGAGAGGAUUACCAAGACAACAUACUACGUUUUAGCCUGUUUUGCCAGGCAGCUUUGGAAGCACCAAGAGUUCUGAAUCUUAAUUGCAGUAAAUAUUUCUCUGGACCAUAUGGUGAAGAUGUCCUUUUCAUCGCCAAUGAUUGGCACACAGCCCUUCUCCCCUGCUACUUGAAAACUAUGUAUCAGUCAGUGAGCAUCUAUAAGAACGCCCGAGUCGUUUUUUGUAUCCACAACAUUGCUUACCAAGGAAGAUUUGCAUUCGCAGACUUUUCACUUCUCAAUCUCCCUGACCAAUUUAAAAGCUCUUUUGACUUUAUUGAUGGGCAUGUUAAACCAGUGCUUGGGAGGAAAAUCAAUUGCAUGAAAGCUGGAAUUUUAGAAUCAUGCUUUGUGUUAACUGUUAGUCCAUACUAUGCUCAAGAACUAGUGUCUGGCCCAGAUAAAGGAGUAGAGUUGGACAACAUCCUUCGCCGAAUUGUUGAUCGUUUUGUUGGAAUUGUGAAUGGCAUGGACGUUCAGGAGUGGAAUCCAUCCACUGACACAUAUAUAGCUGUCACAUACAAUGCUUCAACAGUAAUGGAAGCAAAGGCUCUUCUCAAAGAAGCCCUCCAAGCAGAAGUUGGAUUGCCAGUUGACAGAAAUAUUCCUCUCAUUGGAUUUAUUGGUAGGCUUGAAGAGCAAAAGGGUUCUGAUAUUCUUGUUGCAGCGAUUCCUCAAUUCAUUGGGGAGAAUGUUCAGAUAGUAGCCCUAGGAACAGGCAAAAAACAAAUGGAAAAACAGCUUCAGCAACUUGAAAUAUCAUUCCCUGACAAGGCCAGAGGAGUGGCAAAAUUCAAUGUUCCCCUAGCCCACAUGAUAAUUGCUGGAGCUGAUUUUAUAUUGGUCCCUAGCAGAUUUGAGCCUUGUGGUCUCAUUCAGUUACAAGCUAUGCGCUAUGGAACUGUACCUAUUGUUGCCUCAACCGGUGGAUUAGUCGACACAGUUAAAGAAGGGUUCACUGGAUUUCAGAUGGGUGCCUUCAAUGUUGAAUGUGAUGCUGUGGAUCCUGCGGAUGUGGAUGCUAUAGCAAAGACUGUCAAAAGGGCCACUGCAGUGUAUGGAACUCCAGCUUUUACAGAAAUGAUCAAGAAUUGCAUGGAUCGAGAUCUUUCAUGGAAGGGACCUGCUAAGAAAUGGGAAGAAAUACUACUAAGCUUGGGAGUUCCUGGCAGUGAACCUGGCAUUGAUGGAGAAGAAAUUGCUCCACAGGCAAAGGAAAACGUGGCAACUCCAUAAUAAGG